AUGUCUGCGCCCAAGACCCGCCUUCUCAGCUCACAGCAGGUCUUCGAGCAGGAAGAGAAGUAUGGAGCCCACUGCUAUCAUCCUCUGCCGGUAGUCAUCCACGAGGCGAAAGGCAUUUAUGUCUGGGACAUCGAGGGGCGGCGCUACUUCGACUUCGUCGGUGCGUUCGGUGCAGUCGCCCAGGGCCACUGCCACCCGAAGAUCGUGGGGGCGCUCCGGGAACAGGCUGGAAAAGUAACCCUCGCCUCCAGGGCAUUCUACAGCCCUGCCCUCGUGGAGUUCCAAGAGCGUCUAUGCCGUCUGUUGGGAUACGACAAGGUGCUGCCCAUGAACACAGGUGUGGAGGCUGCCGAAACGGCGUGCAAGCUGGCUCGACGCUGGGGCUACGACGUCAAGGGCAUCCCGGCUAACCAGGCCAAGAUGUUGUUCGCAGCCGGCAACGUCAUGGGACGCAGCAUCGCGGCCAUCUCCUGCUCGACGGACCCUCCGCAUUACGCGGGGUUCGGUCCUUUCCUGCCGGGCGUCGAGAUCGUACCUUACGACGACCUCCGAGCGCUGGAGAGUGCUUUUGCGGAUUCGAACGUCUGCUCGUUCAUGGUGGAGCCCAUUCAGGGGGCAGCUGGCGUCAUCGUGCCUUCGGACGGCUAUUUCAAGGGCGUGCGACAGCUGUGCACCAAACACAACGUCCUUUGGAUCGCGGACGAGAUCCAGACGGGUCUUGGCCGCACGGGAAAAUGGCUCUGCGUUGAUCACGAACAAGUACGUCCGGACAUGGUUGUUCUUGGCAAGGCGCUAUCCGGCGGCGUGUACCCGGUGUCGGCGGUACUUGCAGACGACCAAGUCAUGCUGGUCAUCAAGCCCGGCGAACACGGCUCGACCUUCGGCGGAAACCCGCUUGCUGCGCGCGUGGCACUCGCAGCACUGCAGGUACUUGAAGAGGAGAACCUGGUCGAUAACGCAGAACGCAUGGGUCGGCUCCUUAGGUCGGGGCUGAGCAAGCUUCUUGGAGACCUGGUGCGAGAAGUGCGUGGAAAGGGACUGCUCAACGCCAUCGUGCUAGCUCCAGGCGUGGACGCCAAGGAAGUCUGCCUACAGCUCAUGAAGAAAGGUGUGCUCGCCCAGUCCAAGACCAGGGACACGAUCAGACUUGCUCCACCCUUGGUCAUCAACGAGGAAGAGAUGCGCACCUGCAUCGACAUCAUUACCCAGACACUUACGCACUAUCGGAAGCCAUAGGCAUUUCUUUGCUUUCCCCGGCUGGCUGAGAAAGCUGACUAUACCAUGCGUGAUCUACACUCCGUUUCACAUUAUGCCCGAUCCCGGCC